AUAUAUAUUCACGAACAGUAACCGUAUCCAAUUACGUGACAACGAUGUAAUCCUUAGUAAUCGGCGCUAUACGAAUUGAUAAUAUUUCAGCAUAGAACGAUAUCAUUGAUAAUCUUAAUUUCUUCCUAUAUAGAAUAUUUGCAAUCGAUAAUACGAGUUACGGAUGAAGAAAGAAAUAUUGGUCGACCCGUAUGACCCAAAGUGUCGGAGACUCUUAAACGAAUUAAUUUACCCACGUUUUUAAUGGGAAUGCGCAAUGUGUACUUUUCUCUUCGCAAAAACAAACAAAAUUCUACUUAUCAAUUGUGAUUGCUUUUUUUUGUGAGUUAUUUUGUAUGAUACAAUUCCUACGGACAACAUACUUCUACUAUAAAUCGAAGGGAAUUCAUCGUAAGAAUUUUCUCGCAAUGUAGCUGGAAUUCUUACGAUCGUUAUCUCGUCUAUUAUAAACCUAUGCGAUAUGAAGAUGCAGUGGUUUGCCAUAAUGAUGUGCUUGUAUGCGGGAGUAGCAAGCGCACGAACAGAAGAAGAUCAACAAACAUCUUCGUCGACGUCGAUUACAGGAAUGUCCGGUGGACUCUUGGAACAGUGUUUUCAUCAACGAUCAUCCGAAUGUCCCACGGUGGAGACUACUGGAUGUUCCUGCAAAAAGAUCAUUCUUGCCCCUAAUAAUCCCGAGGGCGAUGCUGUUCUUUGCUGCAAUUUGGACAGUAGAAACUUUGAAUCCGAGCUUUCUUGUGCAGGAUUUCCAUCGAAUAUAUCUUAUAUACAUAUGAGAAAUGUAACAUUAAAUGUAUUUAAUGUAAGCGAAAUUAGAUGGAGAAGAUUAAAAUCACUUGCGAUAACCGAUGGAAGAAUUAAUCGGGUGAAAGGACAAUUUCGGAUGAUGACGCCAACGUUAUGUUUAAAUCUUUCGAACAAUGGUCUCAUCGAAGUAGAAAAUAAUUCGCUUACUCGCCUAGUUCAACUCACUACUUUGGAUUUAUCUUAUAACAAUCUUACGCAUUUGCCAGCCUUAAAUACAAUGAAUGGGCGUGAAUUAUGGCUGGACAUUUCAGGAACAAAUACACUUUGGUGUCACAACAUCUAUGAAUAUAUCAAUAAGACGGGAGAAAAACAGAUUAAUUUCAAUCGCGAAAAUGAAACUGUAUGCUCAGCAAGUAAAACAUGGCACUGGUUCAACACUACAGAGCAAGUUCCUUUAAAACAAGUUCGAUAUCUAAGUUUGUUGCAAACGGAAUGCCCGAAAGGGGAUAAUUGGCAGUGUCAAUGCAAUUUCGGAAGAUGGGAUAUCGCUGCAGGGAAACCACCGACUUUAGCGGUAAACGUAGAUUGCAGUGGAAUUCAAAUCACAGAAUUACCUGAAAAAUUACCUCGCAAUACCAUAACAUUGAAUGUUUCGUACAACAACAUUACCGCAUUGGACGAUCUUAGCACUAAUCCAUGUUACGAAGAUAUCAGAGAAUUUUAUGCAGAUUAUAAUAAUAUAUCAUCCAUAAAUAAAUUAGAAGGAUCGAAAUUUUUGGACAACUAUGCUCUGCUUAGUCUGCGAUAUAACAAAAUCAAAUCUCUUCCGACGUACAUUCUGAGUCCUAAUACUCAUGAUAAAAAUAUUAUCAGUUCACGAUUGGUCAAACUUGGAGGAAACGAACUGCAUUGCGAUUGUAAUACGGCUAAAUAUUUAAAGGGAUGGCUACAAACUCGCAUACUAGAUUCGGAUGAAGUGUUGUGUGAAAAUGUAAAGGAAAAAGUGGUUGAUUUAGAACCAUCGAAGAUGUGCGUCUAUCCGGGAGAUUGGACAGACUAUAUUUACUACAUUAUUGCCACGGAAGUUGUACUUCUAAUAAGUCUGAUAGCUAAAGUAUCUUACGAUUAUUGGAUUUUCAAAACAGCAGGUUAUCUUCCAUGGCCAGCAAACAAAAUGCCAAAAUUACCUUGUGACUGGCUAUGUGAGACGUAAUGUUGUAUUGUUAUCCAUAAUUCAUCGAAUGAAUCAAGCAAAAUCAUGAUACCAUUUCUUCAAAUUUGAAAAAUUUAAUCAUUUUUUAAACAUAUUCGCGACAGCUCGCCGAUAACAGCUCUGUCAUCUGCAUCGAAUGGUUUGAUCUUUUAUGGAUGCGACUGUAAAUUGUUAAGUUUUCACUCGUUUAAACUAAACGAUGUAAUAGCAUAUUCACUCACCAAUGAAGUAUGUUAAUAUUUCGCCAAGUACCAUGUCUCUUUGUAAGUGCCUUCUCAAAUGUACAUGUGUACAUUGACUUGGAAUGCGCAUUCAUUAAACAGGGACCAUCAUAAUUGCGGUAUGUCGUAAUGCAGGAUAGUAACGCACAUCGGAUACGUAAAUUUAGGGUAUUGUUAUUGUGUAAUAAAAAUGUGAUAUUUUUUUAAUUAAAAAUUACUGUUGGCGUAUAACGUUGAUUAAUAUUAUAUGUAUAAUCAAAAUAUACCGAUGGAAUAUUUUUACAAUGCAUGCGAUAUUAUUAUUCAUGUUAUCGUGUAUAAUACACAAUUCAAAGUUUUUGUAAAUAAUAAUCAGUUAUUACCUGGA